AUGGGCAUGUCUGAAAGUGGCUACCAAGUCACUCAAUAUGUUUACGCCAAUACUAAUCUGUUAAAUGAAGUUUUUGGUGAGAAACCAAAAGACCAAGGUGUUUGGUUGGGUUAUAUUGCAGUUUGCACGGAUCCAAAUGAGAUAAGAAGGCUUGGACGACGAGACAUAGUGAUUGCAUGGAGAGGAACUCAGACUGCUGAAGAAUGGAUAGAAGACCUGAGAGAUAUUCUUGUACCUACAAGAUUAUCCUAUAGAUGCAAGAGGACAGGCAAAGACCAAGAGCAUCAUUUCGCGGAUGGAGUACUAAUUCAGAGAGGAUUCCUGAGCUGCUAUACUUCAACUGUCCGUCACCAUCAAGGCGCUGCAGGAGCCACUGUGAACAUCAGCACCAGAGAUUUGGUAGUCUCAGAUAUAGAACGAUUGAUUCAAGUUUAUGAAAAAGAGAUGGACAAUUUAAGCAUAACAUUUACGGGACACAGCUUAGGAGCUGCCCUUGCAACCUUGAGCGCUUACGAUAUCAAACAAAUGCUUUGCACCAAGCAUAAUUUUCAUCAAAUUCCCGUCACCGUCUUCGCUUUUGCCUCUCCCCGGGUGGGAAAUCUGGCGUUUGCUAAACGGGUGGAGGAGAUUGGAGUGAAAGUGCUGAGGUUUGUGAACAAGCGUGACCUGGUUCCCAAAGUGCCCGGAGUUUUUAUGAACGAGAACGUGGGAUGCCUCAGCAAAUUGCUGCAUUGGCUUACGUGGACAUACUUUCAUGUUGGCGUCGAGCUUCCUUUACACAACAAUUCUCCAUUCAUUCAGCACACCCAUAAUCUUGCCUACUUUCAUAAUUUAGAGCUUUACUUGCAUUUACUGGACGGGUACGUUGGAAGUAAGCAGCCGUUUUCUUGGAGUGGAAGAGAUCAUGCUCUGGUUAAUAAGAGCUGUGAUUUAUUGCGCGAGAAAUAUGAAAUUCCUCCAAAAUGGUGGCAGGAACAGAACAAGGGCCUCGUUAAAGGUCCAGAUGGCAAAUGGACGCAGCCAUCAGAAGAGGAAUAA